AUGGCAGUGAGGCGCUUCUGGCCCAGGGCCGCGGGCUGCUGCAGCAAUUCAACUGCCGCGAUAGCUCUGGCAUCAUCUCACCUGUCUUUCCAGGCAGCGGGCAUUAACAACAACAAGCCGACCGACAAGGAGAAGACUCUCAGCACCGAUCAGAUUCGCGCCAGAAAGAUCGUGUGGCGAUUGCGGCAGGACCACAGCAAAAAGGUCCUUCUCCGCUUUGUCCGGACCAUGACACUUACACGCCAGAACCGCAUGCGUUCCCGUUCUGCGCCGUGCAGAAAGGACUAUCUGGAAACGUUCAGUGCCCGAGAAGAGGAUCUACAGCGUGCCGUGACCGAGCUGGACGGGCGCAAGGGCCUCCAGGCCGCUGAAGGCACUGCUGAGGGAAGAGUCGUCCCAACUCCUGCAUCACAGGAGGAGGAAGAGUCGUCGUGGUUCAAUGGCUUCUUCGAUCGCCUUCUGCAGGAUUUCGGUGAGCAGCUGGCAAGCUUCCUGCGAGUCUGGCUGCGCAGCCUUUGUUGCUGCUGCCGAGGCAAGUGA